AUGCUUUCGACAGAACAGAAAACAUUUGGUUUUUUCAUUCUCAAAGGCCAUGUGGGUCACCAUUGAAUCAUCAAUAAUUUAAGUCUGCAUAUUUUCACAGCCCUCAGCUACAACAUGUCCAUCCCUGGAUCUCAAAUCAUAUCAUAUUUUCUCAAAAAAUAGAACUCUUUUCUCAAGUAGUUUUCAUUCUUACUUUGGUUCAGGAAAUAACUACCGAUCACACCGUCCCAUAUGAACGGUGAUAAUAUGCUAAGUGAUUGUAAUUCUCAUUGUCAAAAUGUAGUGAUGAGAAUGGAGAAGCCAACGGUCCAUGGUGCAGCAUCAGAUUGCAAGCCACUAACCACCUUUGUUCAGACAAACUCAGAUGCAUUCAGGGAAGUGGUACAACGUUUGACAGGUCCCCCAGAAGCAAGUGCAGCAAAAGUAGGAGACUCUGCAAAGGUUUCGACCAUGAAAAGGACAACCUCAAAACUCCAUGAAAGAAGGAAAUCCAUGAAGCCAAAACUGGAGAUUGUGAAACCCGUUUUGCAUUUGAAAACAGGUGCAUGUUCUUCACCCUCCAAGUCAAGAAGUUCUAGCUUUCCUCCAAGUCCUGGAUCAGGAAGUUCAAGCCUUCUUCAAAGCCCCACCACCCCUUCAACCUUGUUGUCCCAUUUGACCAUUAUGGAAAGUGAAAAGAAAGAAGAGUCAACGAUGCCUGAAUUGAACACAGAAGAAGAAGAGAAAGCCAUCAAAGAAAGGAGAUUUUAUCUGCAUCCAUCACCACGUGCAAAACCAGGUUACAGUGACCCAGAAUUGCUUAUUUUGUUUCCUCUGGCCUCUGCUAAAGCAAGUGAGAAAAUAGAAUUUUGACCAUUUUCACAUGCUACUCUGCUAUGUUCACCAUCAAUAUCAGAUACAAAUAUUUAAUUCAUAUGAUUU